AUGCCGGUGGAGCGUGAGAGAGUCGCUCCUGCCCGGCUGAAGCGCUCCAACACGGCGGGCGAGAGGCCCGCUGAGCGGGCCGCCCCCGCACGUGGGAAGCAGCUUAGCAAGAGGGGCAGUGCCCCCUCCGCACCUUGGGACCCCUGGGCAUCCGACUCCGAGGAAGAGUCCAGAAAACCCCCACCAGCCGCGAGGCGACAGCCUCCAAAACAGCCAGUGCCGAAAGCAGCCUCAGAAAGGCUACCGGCGGAGGCCCCCUGCCGGCCAAAUCCGUUGCUGGCCCGGGCAAAGACGCCCACGAGGAAGACGCGACUCGACAGCCAGGAUACCACCAGCACCGUGCAAGCGAGCGACAUAGCCACUGGAGGGCAGGUGUCGCAGCAGCCUUCACCUCCUACCACCUACUCUCCAGACGACGUGCGGGCAUCUCCAUGGAGCACAGGCUCCCGCUCGCCCUCGCGGCCAAACCCGCUUCUGCCAAGCUCGCGCUCACCCUCGCAGACGCGCCAGGCGACAGAGAGCGGCUCGAUGACCCCAAGAGGAGUCCACAAAGAGCGGUCGGGCAGUCGGAAGAGGACAGACGGCGAGCGCAGCCCCAGAACACCCGAGACGACUGACCCGGCUCUCUAUCUGCAGUCCUUGUUCCCGGAGUCUUCGCAGUCGCCGCCAUCAUCUCCCCCGAGUCCCUCUUUGACACGCACGGAGCAGCGGCACAAGGCGGUGGCACGAAGUCUUUCUCGCCUCUUCUCCGAUGAUGAGUCCCUGGUGAAGCAGGAGCCGCCGAAGAAAGCCGCGGCGCGACCGACAGCGAGCCGGCCGCCGGCUACAGGCAGCGUCCCGAAGCCCGUCGCGGAGGCCAAGUCGCGUGGACGAUCGCAGCCGGGACGUCGGGUGACGGAAUUGAAGGCCGCCUCCGAUGCGGCUGGAGGUGGGGUGCCUCUUGGCAAGGCCAAGAAGCCCGCAUCAAGCACCUCCCGGCCGCGCAAGACUACCAGUGCCAAAGCCGACAUCUUCGUGGAAAGGCCCAAGCCACAGGUGCUCGGCCGUGGCAGCCCCCAAGCUUCGCAGGAGCUGGACUCCACAACCGCCAGCUCGGCGGCCGCAGAGGAGGAUUCCGAGAAGGCGCACCUAAGCCGGACAAAUGAGCUCCUGACGACCUUUGGUCGUGAUGAUGAGUUCUCCUUUGUAGCCGAGUCGAGUCCACAGGAGAGCCUUGAGACGCCCCCACCCAGACCGGCGCAGAAGCUGGAGGUUCCAGUCUCCACCCAGCGCACGGCCUUUAAGGAGAAGGUGUUCUCCUUCGGGGCCCAGGAGGAGCCUGGCUUCCUCCACACCAUGGAGAAGUCGCUGACCGCCGACCUACAGGCUUCGGCUCCAGUUCAGGCAGACCCCUUUGAAAUCCGGAAGCCACGCGGUCGCUUUGCCGAUGGUCCUAUGCCGGUGAAGGAGGGCUCGGUCCCCCGGACACCCAACACAAAUGUUCGGCUCCCCCGCUUCCGCGAGUUGCCCCGCUGCCCCGUGGUGAGCCGGAAGUCCUUCAAGGCAUCUGACCGCAUGCUUGGCUGCCCUGUGCCAGAGUACGCGGAUGUCCUUCGAGUCGUUCAGGCACAGCUGGUCUUGGGACACGGCUGGCCAUCUGACAUGCCCUCGACGUCAAUCCUGUGUUCGCUGAUGUGUUGGUUCCUGCCAUACCUUCUUCUGGUUGCAGCAGCUCUUCUUGCCGCUGUCAUAGGUCUGAAAAUGCAGGCCUUUGUUGCUCUUGCUCCGCUGGCUCUGCUACUGCACGUGGCCCAGGCCCUGCGGCGGGGGCUCUGGGAUCGGCGAUUGCUGGCGGCCGUCGACCAGGCGGCCUCGGCGGACCUCCGGGAUCAGCUAAGGGCUCCCCUGGGCUGGGGGGAGGAAGGUCAGGUCUUCUCCGCCAACCUCAACGCAGCUCUCCAGGCUGUCAACUUGCCGCCCAAUGCUCUGCUCCUCCCGGCCCCAGGCCAGCUGACAUGGAAGCGUUCCAUGCUGUUCGCGGUGCUUCUCCUGGUGCCGGGGGCGGGAUUGCGCGCCUCGCGCGAAGCUCUGGAUCGACCGGCGGAUUUUCCGGAGGUUGCUUUGGUAACGCUCUGCUCCCUGCUGCUGGUGGCGUUUGAAUGCCGUCCUUCGAAGGAACUCAGGCGGUCGGAGCUCGUCGACCAGCGUCUCGAGGCGCUGGAGGCUGGCUUCAAUGCCAUGCUCGACACCUUGCGACCUCUGCUCGGUCAAAGCGGCAGGCCCGCGUUCGCCACCCAAGCUCAGGCCAAGGUUCCCGGAGGCAUUGGUCAGCCGGCUCUGCUGGAGCGGUUUAGCGUGAGGCUGAUUACCGCAGAGAGGUUCACGCUGCGGGGGAGCCUGACCAUCCUCCAGGAGCAGUGCGGCAUUCUGGUCAGCUGCCCAUUGGGGGACUUUGACCUGGUGGCCAACGGCCUUGAAGGCGCCUUGCCUGCGGACCUGGGCAAAACGGCUGCCGGCGAGGGAGAGAGCAUGGCGCUGUCGCCCCAACCGGCCUCCGGAUGGGCCGCCGCGCUGGCUGCUCGCUUUACGAGCCGCGAAGCGCGGCCGCGUCGAGACGACGAUCUGGCGAGUGUGUCGACGGCCAGCACGCUCACGCGCGGAAAGGGCCAGGUCGAUGAGGCCUCCCUUCACCUCGCGCUGGCCAUGGUGGCUGCCCUCAGCCGCUGCGGGAGUCAGCCUCUGGAGGUCUUCCGUGCCCUGGGCUCGGGCUCCGCGGUGGUCCCCCCGAAGGUCUCCUACGAUGAGCCCUCCCUGGUCCUGGCGAUGGCCGAGGAUCAGCUGAGCUGCCAUCCGUGCCACCAGGGCGUUUCGCAGGGCGGCGGCUGCUUCCAGGGAGCAGGAGGGUUGGUCAUCAAGGACCGUUUCGGAGUUGUUCGCGAUCCUGGGGAGAUGCGCCAGCUCUGCACGGAUGAGGAAAUGGGGCACUCUCUUUCCACUUCUUGGGUACAGCUCCUCGUCAGCGACUCCCACGACUCCCCGCGGAGCUCCGCGGCUUCACAGGGCAGCGGCAGCGAGGAUGAGCUGAGCCACGCCGGUGCAAGCAAGUGGCCAUCGUCAACCAGGUCAAACAGCCGCGGCACCAAGCUCUUCUCCGUUGCCCCGCAUCACUUGGCGCUGGUUUUCGACUCUUUCGCAGCCCGAGAUCGCUGUCUUGAGCUCAUCCGGCAAGUGCUGCCGCUGCCCACGCCCACCGCCAGCCGCUCCAAGUGCUUUCCGGCAUCGCCACCUUGA